AUGGUUAACAUUACAGAAAAGAUCAAGGAGAUUGAGGAUGAGAUGAAGAGGACUCAGAAGAACAAGGCAACAGAAUAUCAUUUGGGUCUAUUGAAAGGAAAGCUUGCUCGUUUACGAGCCCAGUUGCUUGAACCAGUUGGCGGUGCUGGAUCUGGUGGUGGUGCCGGAUUCGACGUCAGUAAGAGUGGUGAUGCUCGUGUUGCCUUGGUUGGAUUUCCUUCAGUCGGAAAGUCUACUUUCCUGUCAAAGAUCACCAAGACUAAGAGUGAGGCUGCGGCGUACUCAUUCACAACCCUCACUGCCAUUCCCGGUGUCUUGGAGUAUGGAGGUGCUGAAAUCCAAAUUCUGGAUUUGCCCGGUAUCAUUGAAGGAGCCUCUGAGGGCAAGGGUCGUGGUCGCCAGGUCAUCUCGGCAGCCAAGACCAGUGAUUUGAUUCUUAUGGUUCUGGAUGCCACUAAGAAGGCUGAGCAGCGAGCUUUGCUAGAGGCCGAACUGGAUGCUGUUGGUAUUCGGUUGAAUAAGGAGCCUCCCAAUAUCUACCUCAAGGCCAAGAAGGCUGGUGGUAUGAAGAUCACUUUCCAGACACCACCAAAGUACCUGGAUGAGAAGAUGAUCUACAACGUCCUGCGUGACUAUAAGAUGCUCAACUGCGAGGUACUGGUUCGAGAUGAAUAUGCUACGAUUGACGACUUCAUUGAUGUCAUUAUGAAAGACCACCGCAAGUACAUUCGCUGCUUGUAUGUCUACAACAAGAUCGAUAGCGUUAGUCUGGAGUUCUUGGACCAGUUGGCCCGUGAACCUUACACGGCCGUCAUGAGUUGUGAGCUGGACUUGGGUGUGCAGGAGGUUGUAGAGCGCAUCUGGAAGGAAUUGCGAUUAAUGCGUCUUUACACGAAACGAAAAGGAGAGGAGCCUGAUUUCAGCGAGGCGCUUAUCGUGCGUCGGGAUUCGACAAUUGAGGAUGCAUGCGACCAGAUCCACCGCACACUCAAGGAUACGUUCAAAUAUGCCAUGGUAUGGGGUGCCAGUGCCAGGCAUGUGCCUCAGCGUGUGGGAUUGGGGCAUGCGGUGGCAGAUGAGGAUGUGAUUUCCAUCGUGGCUAAGUAG